UCAUUCUAUUUCUUUCGCCCAUAAGCGGCCUCAUAAAGGGAUUGUUUUUCUCCUAUUUCUUUUUUCCAUUCUCUCUUUUGUUUUCGCUCUUUUCGAUUGAGAUCAUUCGUUCUGGCGGCGAUUUGAUUGAUAAGACGUUCGCCUGCUCUCCGAUUCGAGGACACGCGAGUCGCAUUUUUUUCGUCGCACCGAUUACUCGACAUCUCCUGAACUAAACCAAGAGAAUUAGAGAAAUUGAAUCACACAUAAUUCACAAUGUCGUCCUCGAGAAUCGGCGGUGGCGCUAAGCACAGACUCAUGUCGGAGAUGCAAGAACUCUCCCGAGAGAAAUGGGUGAACAUUGAUCUGGUGAAUGAUAACAUCCUUCGCUGGCGCCUAGGUCUCAUGGUUGUCAAUCCCGACAGUGCUUUCAACGGCGGCUAUUUCAAGGCCGAGAUGACUUUCACCGAUGAGUAUCCGUACCAACCGCCGACUUUCCGAUUCCAAAUCCCCAUUUAUCAUCCCAACAUCUAUCCCGACGGAAAGCUCUGCAUUUCCAUCCUACACACCCCAGGCGAGGACCUCACAUCGGGUGAGGCAGCUAGUGAACGCUGGUCCCCUCUGCAAGGCGUUGAAUCGGUGCUUCGGUCUGUCCUUCUGCUUUUGGACAGUCCUGAGAUCAACUCUCCUGCCAAUGUCGACGCUGGUGUGAUGUACCGAGAUGACCGGGCUUCCUACAAUAAGCGGGCUAAGGAAAUCGUCGAGAAAUCUAAGAACGAUAUCCCUGCCGGCUUCAUCCUACCGACUACCCUCGAACCCCCGCCGCCCCCGAAGUCGACGGAUGACGAUGCUGCAUUCUGGGCCGAGAGUGACGAGGAACUUGAUUUCGGCGGUAGUGACACAGGUGAUGAUGAUGAAGUGGCAGAGUUCGACGAGGACGGUGAAGAAGAGGGCGUCAGUGACGAUGACGAUAACUGAGAGGGUUCGUCCU